AUGCGUACGAUCGAGUGCGAGUUCUCCCACUUCGCGGUGCACCCCGGCCACGGCCGCCGGUACGUGCCGUUCGCGUUCCUGUCGACGAAGCCGGUGCUGACCUUCUCGCGGCCGAAGUGCUUCGCGCUGUACAUGCGCAAGAAGAACCCGCGCUUCAUUCCGUGGACGCGCACGUACCGCCGCAUCCACCGCAAGACGACGACGGACCGCGUGAACCGCCGCCGCGCCGCGCGCGCGGUGAGGGUGCAGCGCGCGAUCGUUGGUGCGGACCUGUCCUACAUCCAGGAGGUGCGCGCGGCGCGCAAGGAGGACCGCUCCGCCAAGGCCAAGGCCGUCCGCGCGGAGGUGGCCGAGCGCAAGGCCGCCAAGAAGUAG